AUGGAUUAUUUUCUCCCAGGAAAAUAUAAAAAUGCACUUGGAGGCUAUGGUGUACUGAUUUCGGACCUUCAUCCAACGAUAUACACACGUUCAUCCGAAGUGGGCAGCGACAUCGCGAAGCUUGACUUCGAUAUCCAGCAGUUCCUAGCCCACAUCGAAUGCCCAGGUGAUGCUUCAACACGGGCGUCACGAUUUGAAGAUCUUGGAAGGAUGUUUUUCGCCCGAUGGAUAGCGAAGGGAGCGAUCCCAGAUCUCGAAAAUAGCAUCAAGAAUCAUCAGGCGGCAUUAACCUUGACACAACCCGGAGCGCCCCUACAAACAGCCAGACAGGCAGGCCUGUCUGAGGCUAUGCGUGCAAAAGUUAUCGCAUCAAAUGAUAAAGGCUAUACAGAUGUUUACAUUCAAUCACUGCAGGAUUUGUUUCAGAGCACCGGCUCCAAGUAUCUUCUGCCAUUAGCUGAGGCGUAUGGAAUACGGUUGAUCCAAUUCCGUGAUGCUGAAGACCUCGACAAAUAUAGCGACUUGCUUCAAGAAGUCUUAGAUCUCCCCUCUAGUCGUGGUGACUUACGUCGGAAACCCCUUAUGCUCUUAGGACAGUCAUAUGUCACGAAACAUGAAGUAACGGGCGAUCUAGGCCACCUCGAUGCAUGUUUCGAACUAUAUCAGGAGGCACUAGAUAUUCCCGCGAAUACCAUUGAAGCUACUAUUGAGCGAACAUUGGUACUCCAAAGCCUAGGGGAGGCCUUCCGAACGAGAUGGCUUCGGUUGGGAGAUCCGAAAGAUGCUGAGUUAUCUCUUCAUUGGUGUGAGGAAGCGGUCAACACAAUUCCGGUUGAAUCAGCGCCUAUUAUGCAAUUUGGUCUGAAAUUAGCGCUUGCAUCAUGCUAUGUUGUGAGGUUUGCACAGCUUCAAUCAACCGUAGAUAUUGAUAUCUCGAUUCGAAUCAUGGUUGAUGCUCUGCGCAUCUUACCGGAAAAUGAACCACUUCACUCAUCAGGAAACCUGCAGCUAGCGCGGCUUUUUCAACUAAGAUAUGGCCAACGACAAGGCAUAAGGGAUCUAGACCAGGUUGUGUCACUAUCUAAAAAAGCAGCUGGUAAUGGCCCACACAACCGAAAGUUCGAAAUUCAGUUGCUACUUAUUUUCGCCAAAGCGUUGAAUUCCAGAUACAGCCAACUAGGACAUAGUGAAGAUAUUGAUGAGUCCAUUGAGAAAGUUUCUAAAGCUCUGUCUCUCACCCAGGAUCAAGAUGAAAUUUUUCAGCCAGAACUUCUUGAUAUUCUGGCCGAUUCGUAUGAGUUCAAAUACAAAAGACUUCUAUCACGAGGAGAUCUUGAAAUGGCAAUAAGUUAUCGGAAGCAAAUCAUUACUCUCCUCCCUACAGGUCACUCAGAGCUACCAACAGCAUACUCCGCACUCGGGAGUUUAUACGAUGAUAAAUCUGAAAUAACAAAAGCAGAAGAGGACUAUGAAAUGACCUUACAGACGUACCAGAAAGCGGUAGAUGCAGCUCUAGAAAAUGACCCAAUUCGAAUUCAUUAUCUGCGAUACCUUGGGAUAGAAUACCAGAAGCGGUUUCAACGACUUAAAAUUCAAUCGGAUCUAGAUACUGCAACUAGGAUGUUAGAUAGGGCGUUUCGACAACCACAAGCGCCUAUAAUGUUUCGCAUAUUCGUUGGGAAGGAUCUGGCCGACUGGCUGAUAGAGGUGGAAAAUCCUUCAGCUGCGUACCAGGUCGCUACUGAAAUACUUCCCUUACUCUCUCAAUUUACUCCACGGUCCUUAGAAAUAUCGGACAAACAAAGCUUGCUGGGUACUGUUGCUGGAAUACCUAGUAUUGCGGCAGGUCUCGCACUGAUAGCAGGAGAGGAACCAUACACAGCAAUCCAGCAUCUUGAAUCCGAAAGAGGGAAUAUAGUAACCUCUCUCAGCGAUCUCCGCGUUGACACUAUCAAACUCAAUUUAUCACAUCCUCAUCUAGCUGAACAGUUUAUUCAGCUAAAAGAUGAGCUAGACUCUGGGCCAGGGUUGAUAACAGGCUUUUCUAACCCACGCCAUCAUGCAGACCGGCAAUUAGCUUCUAUCAUUGAAGAAAUUCGGGAAUUGCCGGGGUUUAAUCGAUUUUUACUUCCCCCAUCUAAGGAUGACCUGAUGUCUGCGGCAAUACAUGGACCGAUAGUGAUUAUCAACAUGAUGUUUGAGCGCUGCGAUGCUCUUAUCAUAAAACAUGAUCAAAUUAUCUGUUUGAAGCUUCCGGAAUUAGAAUAUCACGAUGUUGCAGAAUGCGCGGCUCAGCAGGAGAUUGACCAAGGUACACUAGAGUGGCUCUGGGACACAACCGCCCACCCGAUCUUGGAGAACCUAGGGUAUCUUGAACCACCUACUGGAUCUCCUUGGCCACGUGUUUUUUGGGUUCCCACGGGGCCCCUAAUAUCCAUGCCUAUACAUGCGGCUGGGUAUCACUACCCGGGGUCAAACAAGACUGUUCUAGAUUGUGUGGUCUCUGUGUACAGUUUCUCUGUAAGAGCACUUUUACAGGGCCGUAUGAAUGCUGCUAGAGCAGCAGUUUCAUCUAGGCCAAAGGGAGAGGCUGUGCUUAUUGGAGUUCAAAAUCUUCCGUUCGCGUCGGAUGAGAUUGAUCGACUUGAGGAGUUAUGCACUGAGAUGAAUCUGCAGACAAAGAGAGUGAAUCCUUAUCGAAGUGAAGCGCUUGCUUCCUUAUCUCAAUGUGAGAUUUAUCAUUUCGCAGGGCAUGGGGCAACGCAUCCUGUGAGCCCAUUAAGAAGUUCGCUGAAGAUGAAUGACGAGCCGGUUACGGUCCAAGACUUGUUUAAUAUGAGACUGCAUGAGCAUGCUCCGUUUCUGGCCUACCUUUCUGCAUGCAGUACAGGCCGUAUCGAGGAUGAGUCACUUCUGGAUGAAGGCCUACAUUUAAUCAGCGCAUGCCAGCUGGCAGGUUUCCAGAAUGUGAUUGGGACUCUACAGAAAGCGAACGAUUUACAUUGUUCUCAGGUCGCGAAGAUGACUUAUACAUGGAUCAAAAAUCAAAAGAUGGAAGAUAAGUCUGUUGCAGAAGGUCUUCACCAUGCAAUUAGAAAUCUUCGUGAUCAAUGGAUUGCUAAAAACAAAAUUGAUGAGGGCGCAAGAGGAGAUCAGGGAAGCGGGAAUGAUAAUUCAAACAGAAGAAGAGAUAUUAUUCCCUGUGAAGAGCAACCUAUAUUCUGGGCUCCAUUUGUUUGCUUUAGUAUUUAUUAA